CAGCCCCGCGGACGCCUCUCUCCGACCCCUAGACCGUUUCCUCCUCCCACCAUUCUCCCGCCGUGACCACUGACGACAACGCCCCCAAGCGGCCUUCAAGCUUGAGCUCCACGCCUCCCCAAGUCUGCUGCACCUUCUCGUCCUCUCCUGGAAGCCACACUGGACCGAACGACCUACUGGACCCACCACACCCGCCCUCCCUUUACUUAAGCUCGGCUCGCUCGCUUUUGCGCCAGUGAGUGGGCAGAGAAAGUGCAGCCAGCAGCACGUACGUACACCACGGGUUUUCGAUCGCGAGGCUGCGUGCUCGCAUGCGAUGGCGCCCGCCGUGCAGGACCGCCUCCCGUUCCUAGCCUCGCCCCCGCCCGCGCGGGAGAGGGGCCGGAACCCGUCCCUCGCCGAGAUGCUCCGCCUCGUCGGCGCCGCCACCGUCGACCCGGCGGACGAUGACGGCUCCGCGUCCGCGUUCUCGCUGCCGCUGCCGCACGCCACCACCACGCCCGACCGUGACGCGGUGGCGGGAGUCGCCGGCGCGACGGCCAUCGGACGGACCGUGCACUUCCGCCUGGCGUUCAGCAGCCUGACCUACAGCGUCCGCGCCAAGCAGCACGGGCGCGGCGGCCCUGGCCCCGGCCUGCUGCCCCUGCAGCGCCGCUCCGACCGCGUCACCACCAGGGCGCUGCUGGACGGCGUCUCCGGGGACGCGAGGGAGGGCGAGAUCCUGGCCGUCAUGGGCGCCAGCGGCUCCGGCAAGUCCACGCUCAUCGACGCGCUGGCGCACCGCAUCUCCCGGGACGCGCUCAAGGGCGCCGUCACGCUCAACGGGGAGCCCCUCACGGGCGCCGUCCUCAAGUCCAUCUCCGCGUACGUCAUGCAGGACGACCUGCUGUUCCCCAUGCUCACCGUCGCCGAGACGCUCUCCUUCGCCGCCGAGUUUCGCCUCCCGCGGGCGCUGUCGCCCGCCAAGAAGCGCGCGCGCGUGCAGGCGCUCAUCGACCAGCUCGGCCUCCGCGCCGCGGCCGGCACCAUCAUCGGCGACGAGGGCCACCGCGGGGUGUCCGGGGGAGAGCGCCGCAGGGUGUCCAUCGGCACCGACAUCAUCCACGACCCCAUCCUCCUGUUCCUCGACGAGCCCACGUCGGGGCUCGACUCCACCUCCGCGUUCAUGGUCGUCAAGGUGCUCCGCCGCAUCGCCGAGAGCGGCAGCAUUGUCAUCACGUCCAUCCACCAGCCGAGCCAGCGCAUCCUCGGCCUCCUCGACCGCCUCAUCCUGCUCUCCGGUGGCCGCACGGUCUUCAGCGGCCCGCCUUCCGCGCUGCCGUCCUACUUCGCCGAGUUCGGCUUCCCGGUGCCCGACGACGAGAACCGCGCCGAGUUCGCGCUCGACCUGAUCCGCGAGCUGGAGUCGUCGCCCACGGGGACCAAGCCGCUCGUCGACUUCCAGCGCACGUGGCAGCUCAUGCACGCGCGGACGACGAGCCCUGCGGCUGCCCAAGGGGACGGCGGCUCGGCGAUGUCGCUCAAGGAGGCCAUCAGCGCGAGCAUUUCGCGCGGGAAGCUGGUGUCGGGCUCGGACGUGGCCGGGGAGGCCGCGUCCGUGCGCACCUACGCCAACCCGUUCUGGGUGGAGAUGAAGGUGCUGACGAAGCGGUCAGCGAUCAACACGCGGCGCAUGCCCGAGCUGUUCCUCAUACGCCUCGGGGCCGUGGUGGUCACCGGCGCGAUCCUCGCCACCGUCUUCUUCCGGCUGGACCAGUCCCCCAAGGGGGCGCAGGAGCGGCUGGGCUUCUUCGCGUUCGCCAUGUCCACCAUGUACUACACCUGCGCCGACGCGCUGCCGGUGUUCCUCCAGGAGCGCUACGUGUUCCUGCGCGAGACGGCCUACGGCGCGUACCGGCGCGCGUCCUACGUGCUCUCCAACGCACUCGUCUCCUUCCCGCCGCUCGUGGUCCUCUCCCUCGCCUUCGCCCUCACAACCUUCUUCGCCGUCGGGCUCGCGGGCGGCGUGCCCGGGUUCGCCUUCUACACGCUGGCCAUCCUGGCGUCGUUCUGGGCGGGCAGCGGCUUCGUCACGUUCCUCUCCGGGGUGAUACCGCACGUGAUGAUCGGCUACACCGUGGUGGUCGCCAUCCUCGCCUACUUCCUGCUCUUCAGCGGCUUCUUCAUCACCCGGGACAGGAUCCCGCCCUACUGGAUCUGGUUCCACUACCUGUCGCUGAUCAAGUACCCGUUCGAGGGCGUGCUGCAGAACGAGUUCGGCCGGGGCGGCGAGUGCUUCGUGCGGGGCGCGCAGAUCUUCGACAACUCCCCGCUGGCGGGGCUGCCGGACGCGGUGAAGGCCCGGGUGCUCGCGUCCAUCAGCUCGGCGCUCGGGGUGGGGAUCGGCGCCGACACGUGCGUGGUCACGGGCCGCGGCGUGCUGCAGCAGGCGGCGGUGACGCAGCUCGGCAAGUGGGAGUGCCUGCUCGUCACCAUGGCUUGGGGGUUCCUCUUCCGGAUCCUCUUCUACUUCAGCCUCGUGCUCGGCAGCAAGAACAAGAGGAGGUGAUCGCGCCACGGCACGGACUGCGGACUUGCGCGUGCGUGUGCGCGCCGUUGUACAUUUGAAAGGUGGAAGCUGGCUGGACAUGGCCCAUGGGGAGAAAGCAAGCGUUGCCGAAGGAGGCCCGGGUGAAAGAAGACGUACGUAGUUAAUUAUUAGGUGGUGAUUGUUCACGUUCUUUUUCUUUCUUUCUUUUCUGGUGAUUUGAUGAUAGAAAUAAGUCGUUUUGCAAGUAUACACAUACGCCUGGGUGCACGUGCACUAACUAGCUUUUUGUUCGUGUUUAUAUAUGUGUCCAAAGACGAAGGAUUUAUAAGAUGUGACUGUUCUUUUGUAGCUCCGCUGCUUCAGCGCGCAGUAGUAUUAAGUUGUGAGGAGAA